AGAGCUUGUGCCACCAUGGCAGCAGCUGCCUGGGGCACUGGUUUCCUUAAUUCCCUGCUGCAUACUGCCAAUAUAUUUUCACUGCCUCUCUGCCAUGGCAAUGCUGUAGAUCAGUUCUUCUGUGAAAUCCCCCACAUCCUCAAGCUCUCCUGCUCAGAUUUCUACCUCAGAGAAAUAUGGCUUCUUUUGGUCAGUGCCUCUUUAGCAUUUGGAUGCUUUGUUUUCAUCCUUUUCUCCUAUGUGCAGAUCUUCAUGGCUGUGCUGGCGUUGCCCUCCAAGCAGGGACGGCACAAAGCCUUCUCCAUGUGCCUCCCUCACCUGGCUGUGGUGUCCCUCUUUCUCAGCACUGGUAUAUCUGCCAAUCUGAGGUCCCCGUCUCUUUCCUUCCCAUCCCUGGAUCUGGUGGUUUCAUUUCUGUACUCAGUGGUGCCUCCAACACUGAACCCCCUCAUCUACAGCAUGAGGAACCAGGAGCUCAAGGAUGCUCUGAGGAAAAUGAUGUCAUGGUCACAUUUCAGCAGGGGUAAACUUCUUAUCUGUCUCUAUAAAGGACUCACAGUCUGCUCUGUUACAA